AUGAGCCUAUCCCCAUUACCGCCCCCGUCUUUUGCAUCACCUGCCUCAAGUCCCCGCAAGCGAUCAAUUCAUGAAGUGGAUGGUGCUACAUUUCCAUCUGUCGGCCCUAAGCGAGCGUUAACGGCUUUCGGAGAGAAUAACCAGGAAAACCAUGACCCAACUUCGGGCCCACACAAAGAUGCCACACAAAUAUGCGACAAGGACCUUUCUACUUCACAGUCGUCACCACAGGUGGUGAUUCCUAUCAAGACCUCCGAUCAGUCCCCUGUUGCUCCAACCAUUGAAACCACGCUUGUUCCGUCUAAACCUGUUGAUGAACCAAAUCAAGGGUCACCUGUAAAGUCUGACAUGACCGUUGCCAAGAAGCGCAAGUUAUCACCAGCUAGCAAGGAGACUAAGGAGAAGCAACGAUUAGAAGAAAGAGCCAAGAAGGAAGAGGAGAAGCGCGUUAAGGAAGAGGAGAAGAAGAAGCGAGAGGCCGAGCGAGAAGAAGAAAAACGCCUCAAAGAAGAGGAGAAGAGGAAACGAGAGGCCGAGAGAGAAGAAAAGAAAAAGGCAAAGGAAGAGGAGAAGGCUGCCAAAGAGGUUGCAAAAGAAGAUGAAAAGCGCCGAAAGGUAGAGGCCAAGCUUAAGAAGGAGAAGGCGCAACCUAAGCUCAAUUCAUUCUUUGCCAAACCGCAAGUGCCUGCUUCCCCUGCAAAGAACAUCUCCUCACCCAGGAAAGCUGCACCCGUCAACGAUGCAAUCACAACUUCUCAGCCACUGGAGUCUGACUACGCCAAAGCUUUUCCGGAUUUCUUCUUACAGUCUCAUACCAUUGUUGCUCCUUUACAUCGCUUCGAGCGUGACACGGACGCCUUGGCUCAUGUUCGGCAUACAAUUGAUGCUUCUCUAAAUCUCCAGAACGGCACUUCUGAACACCAACCCUUCCGCCCCUCCGAAAUCUUCAAUCUCAUUCCAUAUCAAAGACGUUGUGGCCGCCAAGCUCACUCCGUCAGAGAAAUCUUGCAACGAAUGCAUACCCUUAGUGAUGCGGCUGACCAUCCGCAUGUCGCAUCGGCAUCAGUUAAAUCUGACUUGAGCCAUAUUCCCAUGAAGUCGCUCAAGUUUGGCGAGGACGUUCGUCCGGCCUAUCAGGGCACAUUUACUCGUCCCAUCCCAGAGCAUUUGGCGCACAAGGUCGCUCGCAACCCGUACCGCCGCGGUCUACCGGAAACCAACUACGAUUAUGACUCGGAAGCCGAAUGGGAAGAACCCGAAGAGGGCGAAGACUUGGAUUCCGAGGAAGAGGAAGAAGCCAGCGAUGAAGGCGAGGAUGAUAUGGACGAAUUCCUGGAUGACGAGGAUGACGCGUUGAAAGAGAACAAGCGGCGUCUGAUCGUCGGCGAGCUUGAACCUAUCUGCAGCGGAAUACGCUGGGCAACGGAUGGCGUCGACGAGGAAUUCAAGGGAUACCAGAUGGAAGUAAUCUCCGAUACCGUCAAGUUCCCUAUUGAUCCGUUUUCCACCGCAUACUGGCAGAAGCCUCGUGGGACCGACCAGGCGCCCAAGGGCCGGGUUACCCAGAAGCCGGGUGGUUCCCUCGACGUGUUCCGGGUGCAACCUGGUACUGAUGCAGCCGCGGUUGGCAGUACACUCCCCCGCCGCCACCGGUUUUCAAAGCCAAGCGGCCAUUCCCGCCUGAACAAAUGUCAGAGUUUAAAGAAGUCGUUGAGGGCAGUGAUUUGA